CUCCACGCGCUGACAUCAUGGAUUACCUCAGCGUGAGAGCAUGCUCACCAGGGACGUGGCCUACAUGCCGACACCGGACUCGGACCUGGGUCGCCCUGAAUGGACGCAGCUUGUCGCAUCUCGAUCCCGCCUGCAGGAAGCCUCCACAUAAAUCAGACGCAUGAUCUGUCAGAUGGUGCGCUGCACAGUGUCAGGCCGUGUUCACACCAUCAGCUUUGAAUCCAGGACUCUGUGGAAUCAGGAAAACACGUGGACGAUAACCAGCGUUGUCACCGCAGCGUUCCCUCAUCAAUCCGGAGCAGGAAGCAUCAGGACAACCUGGGUCCUUGUGGCUGGAUAUCUGGGGACCUCUGUGACAACUCCCUCCUCCUCCAUCGCCUUCAGUGCCUAUCACCCUCCGACAGGGUGUGUGUGUGGAGGUUUGAGACCAACUGGACCGGUCUGGAGCAGUCGAGCUGAUGAGCCAGCACAGAUGGACAGAGCAUCAUCACACCAGCUGAUGUCCAUGAAGAGAGAUCUGACCGAGUGGAAAAUGUCUGAGAAUUGGACACGGGUUCUGCAGCUAUAUCAGGCUGAAAUCAAGGAAUCGAGUCCAUGCGAGCUGCCAUCUGAUCCCACACACUUAUCAAUGAAGCAAGAGAUCAUGGCGGAUGGCCCGAGGUGUAAGAGGCGAAAACAAGCCAACCCGAGACGGAAAAACGCUCUGAACUACGAGAAUGUGGUGGAGACGGGCUCAGAGACAGAGGAGGAAGACAAGCUGCCGGUGUCCGAGGAAGACCCCCUGAUCAACGGCACAGGAAGCCCCGCCAGCCUCACCAACCCGGAGGCCUCGCCGCGCGCCGAGAGCCACGGCCUGCUGACUAAAGAGGAGGAGGACGACGAGAUGAGGGACAGCGGCGUGGAGCACAUCUGGCCCGACAACGACAUGCUGAGUGCCUCGGUCGACGGUACUGAUGAAAUAAAAGAUGAUUUCGACACCCUGGGGCCUGAUGCCACUUUACAGGCAGUUGGAAACGGUACAGUCAAGAGCGUCGAUUGCACUUCAGAGUUCGAGGACUUCUUCGCCAAGCGGAAGCUGGACGACGCCGACAGUCACGUGGUGAGCAUCGCAGAGUACCUGCAGAGAGGGGACACCGCCAUCAUCUACCCAGAGGCUCCUGAGGAGCUGUCACGCCUGGGCACGCCGGAGGCCACCGGGCCAGAGGAGAACGACCUGCCACCUGGAACGCCAGAUGCCUUCGCCCAACUGUUGACCUGCCCCUACUGCGACCGGGGCUACAAGCGCUUGACAUCGCUGAAGGAGCACAUCAAGUACCGCCAUGAGAAGAACGAGGAGAACUUCGCCUGCCCCCUGUGCAACUACACGUUUGCUUACCGCACUCAGCUUGAGCGGCAUAUGGCCACACACAAGCCUGCGAGGGAUCAGCACCAACUGCUCAACCAAGCAGCCGGCAACCGCAAGUUCAAAUGCAACGAGUGUGGCAAGGCCUUCAAAUACAAGCACCAUCUGAAGGAACACCUCCGGAUUCAUAGCGGUGAGAAACCGUACGAAUGCCCUAACUGCAAGAAGCGCUUCUCCCACUCGGGCUCCUACAGCUCCCACAUCAGCAGCAAAAAGUGCAUCGGACUGAUCGCCGUCAACGGCCGGAUGCGUGGCAACAUGAAGACGGGCUCGUCCCCAACCUCCGCCUCCUCCUCGCCCACCAACACGGCCAUCACCCAGCUGCGGCAGAAGCUCGAGAACGGCAAGCCGCUCUGCCUCCCCGACCACAACAACCACCUGAACAUCAAGACGGAGCCGCUGGACUUCAACGACUACAAACUGAUGAUGGCGUCCCACGGAUUCGGCGCUCCCGGGCCGUUCAUGAAUGGCAUGGGAGGGAACAGCCCACUGGGAAUCCACCACAACUCCACCGGGCAGAGCCCCCUGCAGCACCUGAGCAUGGCCGGGCUGGAGUCGCAGCUCUUGUCCUACCCGGGUCCUCUGGGGAACAACCUGAGCGAGGUGCAGAAGGUGCUCCAGAUCGUGGACAACACUGUGAGCAGGCAGAAAAUGGACUGCAAGCCAGAGGAGCUGUCCAAGCUGAAAGCCUACAUGAAGGAGCUCGGGUCUCAAAUGGAGGAACAGAAACACGGGCUGGCACAAGCAGGACAGGUUGGUCUUCCUCUUGUCAAUCACAACGGCGCCACCAAAAGCAUCAUCGACUACACGUUAGAGAAAGUGAACGAAGCCAAAGCCUGCCUCCAGAGCUUGACGACAGACUCAAAGAGACAGAUUAGCAAUAUCAAACGAGAGAAACCCAACCACAUGCUCGAGGGAGGUGUGGAUGACAAGGUGCAGGAAAAUAACAUGUUUACACCUUAUGCUUGCCAAUAUUGCAAAGAAACCUUCCCAGGGCCGAUACCUUUGCAUCAGCAUGAACGCUACCUGUGCAAAAUGAACGAGGAGAUUAAGGCCGUGCUGCAGCCCAGCGAGAACCUGAUGCCCAACAAACCAGGGAUGUUCAUGGAGAAGAACUCCCACUUAGCCUCCUCCAUGUUGUCUGAGAAGGGACUCAGCGGGCCCAUGAACCCGUACAGGGACCACAUGUCUGUGCUGAAGGCGUAUUUCGCCAUGAACAUGGAGCCCAACUCAGAGGAGCUGCUCAAGAUUUCCAUAGCGGUCGGACUUCCUCAGGAAUUCGUGAAGGAGUGGUUCGAGCAGCGGAAGAUGUACCAGUACAGCUCCAACAGAACCCCGCCGCUCGAGCACAGGAACAACAUGGACAUGGUUGUCGGAACAAAUAACCACCACACUCCACCAAAAGACUCUAUGGCAGCUAGGUCACCUGUGUCUCUAAUCAAACCCUCGGACCGCAUCACCUCGCCCUCCAUCGCAGAGCUCCACAACAACGUCAACAACUGUGACAACUCACUCAGACAUUUGAAAAACCACCAGUUCGGCGGCAACGGCGCCAAACCCCAAGGUGAAAAGUUGGACCACUCCCGCAGCAACACCCCCUCCCCGCUUAAUCUGUCGUCCACUUCUUCCAAAAACUCCCACAGCAGCUCCUACACUCCAAACAGCUUGACUUCGGAGGACCUGCAGGCCGAGCCGCUGGACCUGUCCCUACCCAGACUAAUGAAGGAACCCAAGCAUGCACUGACUGUGAAAAGCAGGCCGAAAGUCAACAGCAUCACCAUCGACCACAACAGCAUCCCCUCCCCGCGAGAGCACUUCGAAGAGCCUUUGAACUUGGCCUAUCUCAAGAAGGAUUUCUCAGGCUCGACCAACAACGGGAACCUUGAAAAAAGCACUAGCCCCAUCUUCGGCAUUAACCCGUUUGCCGGCAAACCCCUGUACACGUCACUUCCACCUCAGAGCGCUUUCCCGCCGGCCACAUUCAUGCCCCCGAUGCAGGCCAGCAUACCGGGUCUCAGGCCGUACCCGGGCAUGGAUCAAAUGGGCUUCCUACCACACAUGGCCUACACUUACGCAGCAGGGGCAGCUACCUUUGCCGAGAUGCAGCAGAGGAGAAAGUACCAGCGGAAACCAGGUUUCCAGGGGGACCUGCUCGACGGUACACCAGAUUACAUGUCAGGGCUGGACGACAUGACAGACCCCGACUCCUGUCUGUCGCGGAAGAAGAUUAAGAAGACCGAAAGUGGCAAGAGGCCGCACCAGUGCCAGAUCUGCAAGAAAGCCUUCAAACACAAACACCAUCUCAUCGAGCACUCCCGGCUGCACUCUGGGGAGAAACCGUACCAGUGCGACAAGUGCGGGAAGCGGUUCUCCCACUCGGGCUCCUACUCGCAGCACAUGAACCACCGCUACUCCUAUUGCAAGCGGGAGGCGGAGGAGCGGGAGGCGGCCGAGAGGGAGGCCCGAGAGAAGGGCCACCUGGAGCCCACGGAGCUGCUCAUGUCGCGGGCUUAUCUGCAGGGCAUGACUCCUCAGGGUUACCCAGAGCUGGCCGAGCGGGAGGCCAUCCUGAGGCACGACGCCGUGAACGGAGGCAUCAGAGAAGGACGGAAGGAAGUGGAAGGAGGGUACGCGAAGAUCGGACGCAGGGACGAGUUCGAAGAGGAGGAGGAGGAGAGCAAGAGCAUGGACACGGACCCGGACACGUUGAGAGACGAGGAGGAGAACGGAGAGCACUCGAUGGACGAAAGCUCGCUGGACGGCAAAACGGAAACCAAAUCGGAUCACGAAGACGCGAUGGAGGACGGCAUGUAAUCGGAGAGUUCGGAAAAGCUUCCCAUCUUGAAAAGAGUUUUAAUUUCUCUCUCUUUUUUCGGUUCAGUAUUCUUACCCGCUCGGUUUAAAACGGACGUGUUUUAAGCUGUACGUGCACGUGCCUGAAGCUUCCGGGAAGCUUCCCUUUGAAAAGGGGGAAAUAAAUGUCUGCCGAACAAGACAUGGACUCGAAAUCAAUCUGGAGGAGGCAUGGGUUUGUGAAAUAAGCUGCAUUAUGCAAACCGAACAAUGAAUAAAUGAAUACAUUUCAAAAAAUGUACAGUACUAAGGCCUAAAAAUAUGUGUGGUGCUAACCUCCUCAAAUAAACCCCCAGUGUUCCAUAGUAUUUAUAGCACAACUAGUGACUUGUACAAAUUGCACUCCGCUUCUAUAAUCAUGAACAAAAAUAAUAAAAAGUAUUGCCUAUGUAUAUAUUUAUACAGUGUUGGAAAAGAGCAGUAGUGUCUGCACUACAGUCCUUCAGUAUUCCCUUUUGUUAUCACCUACCUACCUACCUACCUACCUGCGGUGUCGUCUUUAGUUCUCGCCAUCUCCAGCCACACUAUUUUAGGCCUCUUGAAUCAACUCCAAAUGAAGGAAUUUAAACAAAAAGACUGUACGAAGGACGACGUUUCACAGAGACCUUCGUUUUAAGGGAAAUACAGUUUAUGGACUAAUGCAGAGGGGGAUAAAAAAUGAAGGAUGAAGCCUUUGUAAGGUGUUUUUGAUAAGAAAAAAGAAGCCUUAUAUGCAAACCUUUUAACCUGUGUGUUUUCUGCAAGUGCCACCCUCGUAUUGUGUAAAAGGAAGGUUACUUUUUUUCACCAGCUUCAGUAUUAUGAAAUGGUUCACCGUUGUUCUUUGAAGCAUCCGUGUCAGUAUUAUAGGCAGCAGUUCCUUAGUUUACAUUAUGUUGUGCAAUGUUACUUCUUUUUUUUUUGUCAGUAUUACACCAAACCAACUCUUUCUUUUUUUUGGAAACAACAAAUUGCAUUCAUUUUAUUUGUAGGUUUGAAAAAAAAAAAACGUUAUUUAUGUGGCCCAUUUUAUAUUUCCUAAUUUUAUUUAUUUCAUACUGUUGUGUACAGUACUAUAGUUCUUCAAUAUAUAGAUAUAUUUUAGUAAAAAGGAACAUGGUGUCGAUCAUAGGGGCAAAUUUUACGUAAAGAGAGCAUUUAUUGUGUUUUGAAACAUUGUGAAAUGCGAAGUUUAAUCUUAUUUUAUUUUAUUUCCUUUUUAUUUUCCAGUUACUGGAAAAUUCCAAAUUUGGGAACUUUUAUACAAUUGUGAAAACACUGUAUUUUCGACUGAAAAAUUCCACUUUCUUCAUCUUUGUUUCUUUUUUUAAGCUAAAAAAAUGAAGAGGGACUGUUAAAUACUAUGUAUGAUAUCAUGACUGAAGAAGAAUCUUUCCUGAAAUGUCUUUGUAAAAGUAUUAUUGAAUUCUUAAUUUGUAAUUUCUCUUGAAAAUGAACCCUGCUCGAAUAAAAGUAGCCAAA